AUGGCUAAUUUUACAAAGGAGAAUUUAGACCACUACCUACAGAGUAAAGUGAUCUCUUUUUCUGGAGUUCAUCAUAGUCUCAGGACUAAACCUGCAAAGCUGACUAAGUGGGUGGCUCUUUGAAGAGGCAGAUUCAGCUUCAACCCUGCUGUACAGUUGAAUAUAUGGGAUGCUCUGAUUCCAACCUUGGUGCUGGUCAGUGCUCCACUGCAGGGGUUGCUUGGUUACCAUAAGCAUGUGACCCGCCAAUGGAGAUGCCAUCAUUUGGAGCUUCAAAAUCCGCCCUUGGACACUCUCACACUUGCCUCGUCUACCUCUACCCCAGCUGGUGAGUUCAUACACUCUCAGAAAAUCCCACAGAGCACGGCUGAGCUUAAUAUCCAGCUGUGGGGGUCUAUAUUUUUUCCUGUCCACAAGCCAGAGGAGCUUCACCAGUGGCUGGAGAGCUUCAGCGACCCCACUUAGGACUGGCAGAAUGCAAGUGUGUGUAUGGUGGGAGGCAUAGUUCCAGUGAAGGUCAUCGGCCUGUUCAGAGAGUGUCUGGAAAAUAUCAUCAUGACCCGCAGCCUCACCGGGAAGGUCAGCGUCCUUGAGUCAGUGGGGAUGGUGGUGUGAGUUGCCAUAGAAACGUCAGAGGAUGUGAUAGAGGCAGAGCUCAUACCCACAGUGGAGCUGAUCAACUAUUGGCCGAAAAAAGCCCGCUGGCUCCGCUUACUUCAGCGCUGGCCAGCCUCAGAGUGUGCUCGCAGCAUCAAGUUAUUUGGUUUCACCCUCAUGGCAACAUCAAACUAGCAUUGGCUGUUCUUCUCAAGGGCGGAGCAAGCGCUGCUCGGAGUAGCUGAUGAGGACGGAGGUUGCCGUAGGAAGUGUUACAGGAUCAUCUGGCAGUUGAAAGAAGACAUCUGGCGUCCUUACAACAAGCCUGUCAUCACCACUUUCCACUUGCAGACUCUCUUGUUCUGGCGUUGUGAGAAAUUCCCAUUCACCAGGGACUGGCGCUGCGUGCAGGCGUGUGUGCCGCACAUGGCCCGGCAACUCCACAAGUGCAUGAGCCGCCGUUACCUGCGCCACUACCGCAUACGCUCCCACAACCUGCUCAAGUACAGCAACACCACCGAGCUAGAUCAAGCCGUGCAGAAAAUCAGUGACUUCAUAGCCCGGCCCGACCCUGUGUGA